GAAAAAAAAUUACAGAAUUUUUUCCUUGUUUUUUCCAAUAUUUUUUUAUUUUCCAAAAUUUUUUGAUUCGCGAUUGCUGAGUAAUUUUCUGGUGAAUAGCGUAAUGUGAAAUGUACAUCGUAGUUUGUUAGCCACUUUCAUUGGCCACUGCAAAGGUCGGAGAAACUACAAAUCAUUGAAAAUGCGUUGUUGUGUGCCAUUAUGCACAAAUACUCCCACCAAUGUGUCAACAUCUGAGUCGAAGGGGAUCAGUUUUCACGCUCUCCCCAGUGAUGUGCGUCUGCGUGCUGCUUGGCUCAGAGCCCUCGGCAAACAAGACAGUCAGCUACCAGACUCUGCUGUGGUCUGCUCCCAGCAUUUUCUUGAUGAUGAAAUGUAUGAAACAGAAAGUGGCUUAAGGCAUAUUGCUACUGGUGCUGUUCCUUCAACAGUGCAGGUUUGCAUGAUAUGCCUAGACACUGACAGCAAGCUGUAUCUAAUGAGUAAACACAAAUUGGAAGAAGCAUAUGAAAGGUUAACAGGAUAUCCAUUGUAUGAUCAAGGAAACCUGAAACGAACACUUUGUGUACAAUGUGCUCAGAGACUAAUAAACUUUAGUAGAUUCAGAGACAAGAGCUUGAGAGCCCGUGCACUGAUGAUGGACUUAGUUGAAAAACAUGAAUUAAUAACACGGCGACAUAUCAAAGGGAUAAACGGCACAAAGAACCAACUAAAGAGUAAUUUUGUGAUGAAAACUCUAGGACCUGACCACUGUGACUUAUACAUACUGGACUCCACAGACAAACAGACAGAAUCAGAGCCAAUCGGCUAUAGUGCGGUUGUGAAGAAUGAAGAUAGUUUUGACUCGCCGGUUGAUGAAGACAUGGAAGUGGCAGAGGAAGAUGACAAUACUGCAGACAAUGUCAAUGAUGAGUUGGUUGCAUGUAACGAGGAGUGCUUCUCUGACAAUAGCAUAAUGUUGGAAACAAAGCUGCUGGAUGAUGUUAUUUGCAAAGCUCUGGAGAACCCAGUAUUUGCAGAACAAGUGGCUGAAAUACCGGAUUUGUUAAAGUGCGAAAGUGCUGCCUUCCAAUGUACUUUAUGUUCUGAGGAGUUUGUCAGUGAACAUGCGUACAUGCAACAUAUGCACAUGCAUGACCAGCAGAACAGUGACGGUUAUGCUGACUGUAGCACGUCUCAAGUAUGCAAGCCUCAUACAGCCGUGAGCUCCUCACACUCUCCACGCUUCACUGAGAACAAGCAGGCCAUUCCUCUGAGCCAGGCCUCGAGCCCGUCUGUACACAGCCCGUCUGCACACUCACCUCAAACUGCAGUUGCUCCUCUGUCCGCGAGACUUGCGACGAAUAACGGAAACAAAGUGCAAGCUGAAGACGCCGAUACAGUCCAGAAGAGUAAACCACUAUUUAAAAUUAACAAUGUCGGAUUAAACAACCAACUAUUCGAUACCAACAAUAUAACUGACAUUAAUAGAUUGACUGAUUGUGUAGUCAUAUUAUAUGAUAUUUUCAGAAAGCCCGAAGAAGGUGUACCAAUACAAGGUGAAUCACUGGCGACAAUGCGACCAAGUAUUAGUUCUUGGGACAGUCAGCGUCAUAUUGAAAAGGCCUCUAAAGAUUGUAACUGUCAGGCAGUUACUCGGAAUGAAGCCACUAGACAUGCGAUAGGAGACAUUCAACCAGUUACUAACAAACUGAAAGUUACUGAGCUUAAUGCUAUGAAAACUUCACAAAGUAAAACUUAUUGUUCAAAUAAUUACAACAGUGAAGAUAGUUUGCUUACUGACACGAAUGGGUAUAUUUGUGAUGUAUGUAGACAUAAGUUUAAACGGAAAAGUCUCUUAGUUAAACACAUAAAGACUCACAGUGAAGUAGAACCGUUCACUUGCAAGUAUUGCCAAUUCAAAGCUAUAUAUAAAUUUAGUUUAAAGAAACAUAUGCAAACUCACACGGGUGACAAACCAUUUACUUGCGAGUUAUGCGACUACAAAUGUACACAAAGUAGAGAUCUAGUGCGACACAUGAGAACUCACACGGGUGAAAAACCUUUUACUUGCGAGUUUUGCGAUUACAAAUGUGCACUUAAGUCUAAUCUGGCGAGGCACAAAAUAACUCACACGGGUGAAAAACCUUACGUUUGUAAGUUAUGUGAUCAUAAAUUUGCACUAUCAAGUCAUUUAGUGAGACACAUGAGUACUCACACGGGUGAAAAACCUUUUACUUGCGAGUUAUGCGAUUACAAAUGUGCAUUUAAGUCUUAUCUGGCGAGGCACAAAAUAACUCACACGGGUGAAAAACCUUAUGUUUGUAAGUUAUGUGAUCACAAAUUUGCACUAUCGAGUCAUUUAGUGAGACACAUGAGUACUCACACGGGUGAAAAACCUUUUACUUGCGAGUUAUGCGACUACAAAUGUGCACAAAAUAGUAGUUUAGUGCAACACAUGAGAACUCACACUGGUGAAAAACCUUACGUUUGUAAGUUAUGUGAUCAUAAAUUUGCACUAUCUAGUCAUUUAGUGAGACACAUGAGUACUCACACGGGUGAAAAACCUUUUACUUGCGAGUUUUGCGAUUACAAAUGUGCACUUAAGUCUAAUCUGGCGAGGCAUAAAAUAACUCACACGGGUGAAAAACCUUACGUUUGUAAGUUAUGUGAUCAUAAAUUUGCACUAUCAAGUCAUUUAGUGAGACACAUGAGUACUCACACGGGUGAAAAACCUUUUACUUGCGAGUUAUGCGACUACAAAUGUGCACAAAAUAGUAGUUUAGUGCAACACAUGAGAACUCACACGGGUGAAAAACCUCACAUUUGUAAGUUAUGUGAUCAUAAAUUUGCACAAACUAGUCAUUUAGUGAGACACAUGAGUACUCACACGGGUGAGAAACCUUUUACUUGCGAGUUAUGCGACUACAAAUGUGCACAAAAUAGUAGUUUAGUGCAACACAUGACAACUCACACUGGUGACAAACCUUUUACUUGCGAGUUAUGCGACUACAAAUGUGCACUUAAGUCUAAUCUGGCGAGGCAUAAAAUAACUCACACUGAUACAAAUCCUCCGUCAUGUUCGUGAGCCGCACGCGGCACUCCGCCGCCGGCGCAUGCUCAGGAGAUACACUCUUGUUGAACUUUUUGCUGAAGCACUGUCAUGAGUAAUAAAUAUUGUGGCUAAUAAUGUUGCACACAAUCUCUUAACUAAAAUGGCUGGUCUAAAUGUAUUGUUAUCCUUUUCAUAACGCUCCCUGCCGAAAAUGAUAGCACGAGAUUUAGAUGUUCCAAUUUAGUUUAGUGAAACACUGUUGAAGGUUGAAAAUCUGUAGAGUGCACUUUGACUUUAGUUUCAGUUAAAACGAGGCAGAUUUAUGCCAGCGGUAUUACGUUGUCUCGUU